GAGAGCCUUCGGUUCAAAGACAGCGGACCCGGAGCCAGACGUCAGACAGUCGGUCAUAAAAUGGCGCUCGAUCUUGUUGUCAGAGUCCACCCAGUGGUUUUAUUUCAAAUAGUUGAUGCAUUUGAAAGGCGUAAUUCUGAUUCGCAUCGUGUUAUUGGAACUUUACUUGGUACGGUAGAAAAAGGAGUUGUCGAGGUUACAAACUGCUUCUGUGUACCACACAAGGAAUCAGAUGAUCAAGUAGAAGCUGAAUUGAGUUAUGCGAUGGAUCUCUAUGAUUUAAAUCAUCGAGUUAAUGCACAAGAAAAUAUUGUCGGUUGGUGGGCUACAGGAAAAGAAGUCACUACACAUUCAUCGGUUAUUCAUGAGUAUUACGCACGUGAAUGUAAUAAUCCAGUGCAUUUAACUGUUGAUACUACGCUGGUAAAUACAACGCGUAUGGGAAUAAAAGCUUAUGUUUGUGUACAACUUGGAGUACCUAAUGGUAAACAAGGAUGUAUGUUUACUCCUACUAAAGUCGAGAUCACGUGUUACGAGCCAGAAAUUGUUGGACUCCAACUAUGCCAGAAGACCCAAAAAGCUCCAUCUGGACAAACUAAACUGGGAGGUGGAGUAGAGCCGAUGAUGGAUCUCGCACAGAUUGCUGAAGCCAGCUCAAAACUAUCGACAAUGUUGGAGCAAGUUCUUACUUAUGUCGAUAAUGUACUUGAUGGCAAGCAGCCACCAGACAACCAAGUUGGUCGUGCGCUUCUUGAUAUGGUUAACUCUGUUCCCAAGAUGACCAGCGAUCAAUUCGACGAGAUGUUCAACAGCAACGUCAAGGAUCUUCUGAUGGUUGUUGCUUUAUCUCAAUUAAUUAAAACCCAACUUCAGCUCAAUGAGAAGCUUACACUUUUAACUACUUUGUAAAUUAAUAUUCUGUAUAUUCAUUAAUUAACAAUAUUUCCAAUUGAUGAUAGAAUAAUAAAAAAGUUCAGUUUUUUAAAUUAA